AUGGCGACGAAAGCUCCUAUUCAGAUGUUGGAAUCUGGGCUCUCUGCUUCCCUGCAUAAAAAUGUCCGAAUAGGUUGCCUGGACAUACCCUCCGAUGCUCAAUUGCUAGGACUAGUUGUUCAAGUUGGAGUGGCUUUCUACGUGUUUCUGAGGUCAUGGGCAAGAACUCCACUCACAUUUCUAUCCAUUCCAAUGUUUGUGGCUGGAAUUAUCAAGUUUGGAGAGAGGACCUGCGUUCUGAGGUCUGCAAGCAAGAAUCACUUUAGAGAUUCUUUGCUUCCAGUUCCUGAUCCUGGACCUGAUUAUGCUGAUUUCAUGAAGGGAUAUAGUUCAUGGAAAGAUGAACGGCAGGUUGAUAGAACCAGAAGGGAGAUUGGUGAAAAGCCACUUCAAUCUACCGUUGGUGAUGGCAUUACUGUUCCUAGUAGAAACUAUAUUGACAAAGCUUACUUCUUAUUCAAGAACCAAUUCAAGCAUCUAUAUGCAGACCUCAUCCUCAGCUUGGAUGACCAAAAAACCAGUGAGGGCAUCAUCAGGUACAUGUCAUCGGAAGACGCCUUCAAAGUGGCGGAGAUGGAGCUCAAUUUUAUGUAUGAUGUGCUAUACACCAAGGCAACAGUGAUUUAUUCUCUACUUGGCAUUCUGCUCCGUUCCACGAGCUUCUCCUUCACUAUUUCUACCUUAGCAGCCUUCCACUUCUUCAUCGAUAAGCACGAGUUCUCAAACAUUGACAUCGACAUUACUUACUUAUUACUCUUUGGAGCCAUUUUUCUUGAGGUUUAUGCCCUCACUAAGAUGAUUUUGUCCGACUGGAGCAUUGUCUGGUUGAGCAGCAAGACGAACUCCCUGGCUGAUUCCAUUUACCGAGCCAUUACCUCUUUUAGAUCAGUUAUAACCAGUGACAAGAGAUGGUCUAGACGCAUGGCACAGAACAAUUUAAUUGAUUCUUGCCUCAGAGACAAAACCAAGUUCAAUCAGGUUCCCAGGUUCCUUGACAUGAACAAAUUCUUAGAGAGGUACUGGUACAUGACUUGGGAGAAGGUGGAUGACAUGAAGGAACCCAUCUUCAGCUUGCUCCUAGAGAUGACAAAUGAUGUCAGGGAUCUCAGGUCACUACUCAAACACAGAGGUGAUUAUGUGAUUACAAAAAGAGGGUUUAUUGAGACACUUGGUUGGAGUAUAGUUGACGUGGAAUUUGAUCACAGCAUCCUCCUUUGGCAUAUCGCAACAGAUCUCUGUAGCUAUUCUGAUGAUGACCCCAAUCCUAAAUCAAGAUGCAAAAUAAGCAAAUGCUUGUCUGAGUAUAUGUUGUAUCUGCUAGUCAUGUGUCCAUUUAUGCUGCCAAAAGGGAUAGGGGAGUUUAGAUUCCGAGACACUUGUUCAGAGACCAAAAGAUUCUUCCAGCAAAGAAGCGAGUCCAUAUCUGACAGAAAUGAAGCUUGCAGAUUGUUGCUUGAAGUUGACACACAAGUUGAGCCCGAAGAGGGGAAAGGAGAUAAAAGCAAGUCAGUGUUAUUCGAGGCAUGUAGGCUUGCCAAGGAGUUGAAAUCACUGAAUAUGGAGAUGGGAGAGAAAUGGAUGAUGGUCAGUCACGUGUGGGUGGAGAUGUUGUGCUACGCUGCCAGUCAAGAUCUCUGUUAUCCUUGUGAUGUCGACAAAUCCCCAGAUACCAAUCUCAAGUCAAGAUGCGAAAUAAGCAAAUGCUUGUCUGAGUAUAUGUUGUAUCUGCUAGUCAUGUGUCCAUUUAUGCUGCCAAAAGGGAUAGGGGAGUUUAGAUUCAGAGACACUUGUUCAGAGACCAAAAGAUUCUUCCAGCAAAGAAGCGAGUCCAUAUCUAACAGAAAUGAAGCUUGCAGAUUGUUGCUUGAAGUUGACACAGAAGUUGAGCCCAAAGAGGUGAAAGGAGAUAAAAGCAAGUCAGUGUUAUUCGAGGCAUGUAGGCUUGCCAAGGAGUUGAAAUCACUGAAUAUGGAGAUUGUCGUCUCUUGA